GAGAGAGAGAGACCAUGAGCUGGGGAGAGGGGCAGAGAGAAAAUAUUUUAAUGUUUUAUUUAUUUUUGAUAGAGCGCAAGUGGGGGAGGGGCAGAGAGAGGAGAACAGAGGAUCUGAAGCAGGAUCUGCACUGACAGCAGUGAGCCCGGUGUAGGGAUCGAACCCAAGAACCGCAAGAUCAUGACCUGAGCUGAAGUCGGAUGAUGAGAGAGAAAAUCUUAAGCAGGCUCCACGCUCAGCGGGGGCUGUGUCUCAUGACCCUGGGAUCAUGACCUGAGACAAAAGCAAGAGCUGGACACUCAACAGACUGACCCACCUAGGUUCCCUGGAAUUUCUUUUUUUUAAUAUACAUUUUAUUUCACAGCAUUUUCAGUGAUGGGGCAGCCUGGUAUUUUCUUGGAAAGAUCUAGUUUCAAAAAUUAUUUAUGUAGGACAGAGUUUGCCUGCCUGAAAAUUCCAUGUUCUAGUUCUGCCCUCUGGAAUAAAUGCAAUAUAAUAUUUAAAAUAUUAAACAUUAAAUAAAAAAUGAUAAUGUUCUGGGGGCACCUGGGUGGCUUAGUCAGUUAAGUGUCUGACUUCAGCUCAGGUCAUGAUCUCACGGUUCGUGAGUUCAAGCCCUACAUUGGGCUCUCUGCUGCUCUGCUCUCAGCGAAGAUUCAGAUCCUCUGACCCCCUCUCUCUUUGCCCCCCCCUCCCUGCUCUCUUGCACAUGCACCCUCUCUCUCAAAAAUAAAUAAACGUUGGGGCGCCUGGGUGGCUCAGUUGGUUAAGCAUCCGACUUCGGCUCAGGUCAUGAUCUUGCGGUCCGUGAGUUCGAGCCCCGCGUCGGGCUCUGUGCUGACAGCUCAGAGCCUGGAGCCUGUUUUGGAUUCUGUGUCUCCCUCUCUCUCUGACCCUCCCCCAUUCAUGCUCUGUCUCUCCCUGUCUCAAAAAUAAAUAAACGUUAAAAAAAAUUUUUUUAAAUAAAAAAAAUAAAUAAACGUUAAAAAAAUUUUAAUUAAGGGGGCUCCCGGGUGGCUCAGUUGGUUAAGCAUCCGACUUUGGCUCAGGUCAUGAUCUUGCGGGUUUGGGGGUUCGAGCCCUGCAUCGGACUCUGUGCUGACAGCUCAGAGCUUGGAACUGCUUCAGAUUCUGUGUCUCCUUCUCUCUCUGCCCCUGCCCCUCCUGCACUCUGUCUCUCUCUCUCUCUCUCUCAAAAAUGAAUAAACAUUUAAAACAUUAAAAAAAACUUUAAUUGAAAAAAGUCUGUUCUGCCUAACGUUUUAGAACCAUCAAAUAUUUGAAAAUAUGUUUUCUCCAUGCUCAAUACUCUCAGCUUUUUAAAGUAUUACAGAAUGGUACGGUUGAGGUUCGUAAGCAGGGUGGUGGACAGGGCUGGAGCAUAAAUCAAUAAAGGUUUUAUCAGAAGGCAGUGAGUCCAGAGGAACCUAGAAAGAUCUGGUGCACAUAGGCCUUUUCCAGAAAUAGAGGAUGCAGCAGCAACCCGAGCCUCUGGACAAUUGGCUCUACAGCGUAACACCCCGGGGGAUAGGCCAGGCUGGUUCUGAAUCCAGUGUCCCUCACUGUCUGACUUCAUUUAUCCCUGAACCGCCAAAGCAGUCCUCUUGGCUUUUGCUGCUGACGAGCACCAUAAAGAUGAAGCUUUUGCAGGCAGUGCUAAAACUGUAUUUAGAUGAAUCACAGCUGGUUAACCAGCCAUCCAGUCCUUCUUUGAUUUUAGUUUGGCUUAGGGUUCCUUCCAACACUCAGUGUCUUGUCUCCUCUCUCCACCGCGUACAGACUUCUGAAUGGGACUCUGAAUGCCUUACCUCCCUGCAGCCCCUUCCUCUUCCCACGCCCCCGGCAGCAAAUGAGGCCCACCUGCAGACGGCAGCCAUCUCCCUGUGGACCGUGGUGGCAGCCGUGCAGGCCAUUGAGAGAAAGGUGGAGGUCCACAGCCGGCGCCUCCUGCACCUGGAAGGACGGACGGGGACGGCGGAGAAGAAGCUGGCCAGCUGUGAAAAGACAGUGGCUGAUCUCGGGAACCAGCUGGAGGGCAAGUGGGCCAUGCUGGGGACCCUGCUGCAGGAGUACGGGCUGCUGCAGAGGCGGCUGGAGAACUUGGAGAACCUGCUGAGAAACAGGAACUUCUGGAUCCUGCGGCUGCCCCCGGGGAUCAAAGGGGAUAUCCCAAAGGUGCCUGUGACAUUUGAUGAUAUCUCCAUCUACUUUUCCACUCCAGAGUGGGAAAAAUUAGAAGAAUGGCAAAAAGAGCUUUACAAGAAUAUCAUGAAGGGCAACUACGAGUCUCUUAUCUCCAUGGAUUAUGCCAUGAAUCAACCUGAUGUCUUAUCUCAGAUUCAGCCGGAAGGAGAGCAUAACACAGAGGAGCAGGCAGGACCAGAGGAGAGUGAGAUUCCCACAGACCCCAGUGAAGAGCCUGGCAUUUCAACAUCAGAUAUUCUGUCUUGGAUCAAACAAGAGGAAGAACCCCAGGUUGGGGCCCCACAGGAGGCCAAGGAGAGUGACCCGCACAAGGGUGCCUAUGUCGAUGAGGAGCUUGUCAUCAAAGCUGAAGGCCUUGCCCGAGCCUCCCUGUGCCCCGAGGUUCCCGUCACCUUCUCUUCACCACCACCGGCAGCGAAGGACGCUUUUUCCGAUGUGGCUUUCAAAAGCCAGCCGUCUGCGUCCAUGACACCUUUUGGACGUCCAGCCGCCGACCUGGCCGAAGCCUCUGAGGGACAAGUGACUUUCACGCAGUUGGGCAGCUACCCCCUGCCGCCUCCGGCCGGGGAACAGGUAUUUUCAUGCCACCACUGUGGCAAGAGCCUCAGCCAAGACAUGUUGCUGACCCACCAGUGUAGCCACACAGGUGAGCACCCCUUGUCCUGUGCCCAGUGCCCUAAGCACUUUCCCCAGCAGGCCGACCUCAGCAGCAGCUCCCAGCCCCACGCCAGUGACACGCCCCCCACCUGCCCGCACUGCGCCAGAACUUUCACUCACCCGUCAAGACUCACCUACCACCUCCGGGUCCAUAACAGCACCGAGCGCCCCUUCCCCUGUCCCGACUGCCCCAAGCGCUUCGCGGACCAGGCCCGGCUCACCAGCCACCGGCGAGCGCACGCGAGCGAGAGGCCCUUCCGCUGCGCGCAGUGCGGCCGGAGCUUCAGCCUGAAAAUCAGCCUCCUGCUGCACCAGCGGGGGCACGCGCAGGAGCGGCCUUUCUCCUGCCCCCAGUGCGGCAUUGACUUCAAUGGCCACUCGGCCCUGAUUCGCCACCAGAUGAUCCACACGGGCGAGCGCCCUUACCCGUGCACUGACUGCAGUAAGAGCUUCAUGCGCAAGGAGCACCUGCUGAACCACCGGCGGCUGCACACGGGCGAGCGGCCCUUCAGCUGCGCGCACUGUGGCAAGAGCUUCAUCCGCAAGCACCACCUCAUGAAGCACCAGCGCAUCCACACGGGCGAGCGGCCCUACCCCUGCGCCUACUGCGGCAGGAGCUUCCGCUACAAGCAGACGCUCAAGGACCACCUGCGCUCGGGCCACAGCGGGGGCUGUGCGGGCGACAGCGACCCCUCUGGACAGCCGCCCGACCCCCCGGGGCCGCUCCUAACUGGGCUCGAGACUUCUGGCCUGGGUGUUAACACCGAAGGUCUAGAGACCAGUCAGUGGUACGGGGAAGGGAGCGGAGGGGGAGUUUUGUAAAUCUCGCUCCUUUCGCGGUUCGCCGUGCCCGCUGGCCCCUGGGCCCUCCGCAGUGAUCGCCGUGUGGCACGUCCGUGAGUUUGGGAUCUUACACACUUGACUACAGACACGCCGGAAUUUGGAACUUGACAACAUUACAAGAACACCACACUUUGAAACCCAGAAAGACCUGGAAAGGGACCCAGCAUCCCGAUCGUUUCAAAAGUAUUACCUAAGCAGAAGUUGUAUAAGAAUGUUACAUACGAAUGUUGCAGAGAGGUUAGGAAGCAAGAUUUGUCCUCUGGUAAUCCAUCACAGGGUCGUAAGGUAAUAAUGAUUGUGGCUCUAGGUAGGAAGAGCCUCCAAAGUUCGAAGCCCAUCCUGAAGCAUGAGAAUGUCUCACCGAACCUCUGGUUAAUUCCUUGAUGGUGAGAUGGUUGUUAGGAGGGAGUGCUGGAGCCUGGGUCGCGUACGCCCCUUCCUGAUACCAGCUAAAAUCUGCUCCUGUGCUGAUGUACUGCCUCUCCCGAGAUGAGAAUUCAAGACUGCCUUCCUAGGUUUCCUAGCUUAAUUCUUCUAAUACGUUUUGUUUAAUAUCCGGGGAGCAAGAAGCCUGACUUUAAAAGCUUCUUAAGGAGAACAGUUCCUAACUUUGAAUAGUUUGAUUUGAAGAGUUCAGGCUCUUAUUGGCAUUUAAACUGCUAGGAGCCUUUGUGGAGGUCCUCGUUAAAAAAGCGGGAGCAGUGUCCUUAGCCCCAGCUUUAAAAUCUAGAGAGCCCAGAGAAAUGACAGAACAGCCUGAAAUUUGUGCCUGAACCAUGACAUAAAAAUUUAUGUCAGAUUUUCCUUAUUUCCAAGCUAAUAAGCUGGUUUUUCCGUUCCUGCUGUCUCAUCUUCUUGACAGUCAUCAGCAGAAAAGAUCACGGCGCUUUCCAGAAGCGUUACGGAGUUUCAGAAAGUGCCUGUGGCUCUCAGCUUUCCUUUCCUCAGUAGUGAGAUGAUGGUGCUCUCCUGCAGCUUUCUUGAGUUACCAGUGUCUGCGCGCCCCUUCCGGCUCUCCCCAUUGGCAGUGGGCAGACUGAAGGGCUUUGUGGGUCCCUGAGCACUAAGCACCAGUACAGACAAGGACAGCCCCUUCUUGCCUGUUCUGCUUUUAGGGACCUUGGCUCCCAUGUGCUCGAGAUCAUUCAGUCAGAGGAGGGCAUCGGAGUGUGGUCCUGCUACUAAGUGGCUUUGCAGUGGGACAUAAGUCCCUUUCCCUGUACAGACUGCAAAUUUUCAUCUGCAAAAUGAUGAGGCUCAUGGAAGGAAAAAAAGUGAAAUUAACAAAGAAAUUAACAAAACUCGUGGUUCAUUUCUUCUGCCAAAAUUCUAUCUCUAACUCUGGCUUCUCUCCAGGCGAAGCCAAAUAAGACCCCCCCAAAUCCAAGCAGAGACGUUCUUGUUGAAACUUGACCAAACUCGAUUUGUUUUAUUCCGGCUGGGAGCCUGAGGUGGGAGAGACUGCCCUAAGUCUUGGGCUGUAACGCUGUUGAUUCCUACCCUCUCUUGUUUCCCCUGAAUCUUUCUCAGAUGCCUGGAAACAAGGUCUGCAAGUACUUAGGACAGUUUCUUGAUGAAAUGAUAAGGGAGGCACCCAUUUUUCCCUUAUCACCUAGCCCAGCCUUCACCCCGUCUAGCUAUGCAUAAACACACUAGGAAAAAGGUUUUGCCCUGGCGAGCUUUGCUCCUGGGAAGGCUCUGUCUGAACAUGCUGCCCUUAGAGGACAAUUGCAUUUAUGAAACAUCUGCUCUGUGGCAUGCACAAUACCAGGGAUCACGGGAGACCUAAGAAUGAGUGUGAGACCCGAUUCCCUGCCAUAACUUAUAGUCUGAAGGCAAUGAGAAAAUCCAGUGUAGAACCAGGACAACUGAUGAAAAGAACCCCAGCAUAUUGGGAUUAGUGCUUUCUAGUUAGAAUCUAGACCAAUACUAUAGGUAAAUGUAGGGGCUCUGGGGCUCCCAAAGCCAGGGUUCCAGCUUCACUGGUGACCUACUAGGAACUUGGUGUGAGAUCCAGCUCUGGUUUGAACCUUGUCUCAUUAAAGGGGACAAAUUCAAAGCACUACCUUUAGGUGGUGAGUUCCCUUUUCUGGAAGGAUUUGAAUAUUUGCCUGGGUGUGCUAGAAAGGGAUUCCUACAUUAGGUGUGGUGCUGGUCUAGAUAACGUCAGAAACUCUCUACUCAAAGAUUUAACGAGGGUACAGAGCUUGUUAAUGAGAGAGACCUGUGGGUUAAAAUGCUACAUAUACAUCCCACAGUCUUUUCUGCAAGGAACUGUAGUCAGCAGGGACCCACACUCUGGCAAGAAGUUGAACACGGUUCAAAUAUCAAUGAGGUGGUUCAAAUGCCAUGGCAAUAGCCAUGAAGCUGAAUGACAGGGAAUGGGCAGGGCCAUGCCAGAAAGAUGGAAGUCCGUGUUCUAAUCCUCAGCCCCAUACACACCAGGGGUUUUCGAUUGUGCAUUCUGGUCAUCUUUCCCUGCACCGAUCCUCUAACAGGUAGAACUCCGGGCCAGCUCUAGAGUUUGUUUGCUUAAGAUUCCUGAGCGGAUGCAUAAAUGUAUCGGUGGAAAACUUAAGUCCAACAGAAAGGUUUCAGAGUGUGGAGAAACUUGGUCCAUCGAGGGCUCUUGAGAGAGACCAUUUAACUGCAGUUGAAGUAGCUGAGGAUUGGUUGUCAUGACCAGGCAAGAUAGGAAAGACGAGAACCCAGAAAUGUGCUCUCCGUCAGUCUGCCCCUGGGCUAAGAGGUCUGUCACGUACAAAUAGGCAUAUCCCCUUGGAGUAGUUCCAGAUACUGACUCUAACCAGAUUCACUCUUUGCUUGCCAAGUUUUUCAUCAUCACCAUUAGAUGAGCCUCUGUUUCAGCCACAGGUGUGAAAAUAAAUGGAAGUUGAUUGCUUGUCUAGAAAGUGAAAGAAGACUCUGGUCCUUUCUGCUGGGUAUUUAAUAUUGGAAACACGGUAGCUGGGCUCUGGCUAGAGCAGUGCUUUACGUAAAUAAGACUGCAAGGUUCCAGUGGGAGACUGCUGGGCUGCUUUUUGGAGCGUUUUGGAAAGACUUGGGUGACCAUGCCCAUCUCAACCAGGAUGAGAUCGGAUGGCUGCUUACUGGGGAAUAACAAACGUUCACUGUCUCAGUCCGCAAAAACUUUGUUGAUAAUAAAGGACCCGGGUUCCUUUAUUCAUAACAAAUGGGAUGGAGAACCCAGUUUCUGCUCAGGUUUUCUCCGAGGAGAGUCAGAACGCCCUGGUCCUUCCCCCCCCCACCUUCCACCCCAUAUUGAAGCUUAUUAGACAACAAAAAGCUGUCUGAGGGCUGCUCAAUAGCAAUGAGUCAAAGCAAGUCUUUCCCCAAAUGGCUCUUAUAGAUGAGGAACUCUGUUAUCAUCAGAUAGGUUUCUUCUGUGUGUUUGGUGGAUGCUUUGACCCUGUUCCAUUAACUCUACAAACUCACAGGGUCUAUACAUAGGACAUCCUUUGAGCAGGGAAGUACCAGGUUCUUUAAGCAAAAGAACCUCAAGUGAGGUCAAACUGGCAGGGAGGGGGGGAGGGGGAAGUGCACAGCGCCUUAACUGAAGGACACACGUGGGUUAGUAGAGCUUAAUGGGCACAGACUCUGAGUCAGACCUGUAUUCAAGUCCUAGCAUCAUCAGAAAUAUCAUAACAUAUGCUAUGUAACCAUCAUGAGCCUAGUUUCCUUAUCUGUAAAAUGGAAUGACAUCUAGGUCUCAAGAGGGUUUGGGGCUUACAGGAAAAGGAAGCCUGUGUGAAGUGCUUAGCUCAGAGCCUGCCAACACAGGGGUCAGUAUGGAAACUAUCCAGAAAGGUUACGGGACCGACUGGAGAGACGAUCCUAAGUCUGGGCUGCUCUACAGAAGCAUUUAAUUGCCUGAUGUCUCAGCUUUUUGACUGCUGUCUUUUGCUUCUGUUUAACCUGUUCUUGUAUUCUGUCUUUCCUGUACCUCCUGGAACCCACAGGUUUCUGUGUACCUUGA